AUGGUUCUUCAAGAUCUAGGUCGGCGCAUCAACGCCGCAGUAACAGAUCUUACAAGGUCUAGCAAUUUAGAUGAAAAGGCAUUUGAUGGCAUGAUCAAGGAGAUCUGUUCCGCGUUACUCGAGGCCGACGUAAAUGUACGAUUAGUAGGGAAUCUGCGAAAAUCUAUCAAAGCAUCAGUGAAUUUCAAAGAACUUGCCCCGGCUGUUAAUAAGAAGCGACUCAUUCAAAAAGCUGUAUACGAUGAAUUAGUCAAACUUGUGGAUCCCCAUGCCGAACCUUUCAAGCCAAAGAAAGGCAAAGCGAAUGUUAUCAUGUUUGUUGGAUUGCAGGGAGCUGGAAAGACUACGACAUGUACGAAAUUGGCAAAAUGGUAUCAGUCGAGGGGUUUCAAGGCUUGUUUAGUAUGCGCGGAUACCUUUCGUGCAGGUGCUUUCGAUCAGUUAAAGCAGAACGCUACGAAGGCUAAGAUACCUUACUAUGGUUCUCUCACACAAACGGAUCCCGCAGUAGUGGCAAAAGAGGGCGUGGAUAAGUUCAAGAAAGAGAAGUUCGAGAUCAUCAUUGUGGAUACCAGUGGAAGACAUCGACAAGAGGACGCAUUAUUCCAAGAAAUGGUGGAAAUUCAAAAAGCUGUGAAGCCUGAUCAAACCGUGAUGGUAUUGGAUGCCAGUAUAGGACAACAAGCCGAGGCGCAAAGUAAAGCCUUUAAGGAGACUGCCGACUUCGGUGCUAUUAUUAUUACCAAAACUGAUGGACACGCAAGUGGAGGUGGUGCAAUUUCCGCAGUUGCAGCAACUCAUACGCCUAUCGUAUUUAUCGGAACAGGAGAACACAUGCUUGAUUUGGAAAAGUUCUCACCCACUCAAUUUGUUUCCAAACUACUUGGUAUGGGAGAUAUGCAAGGACUCAUGGAACACGUUCAGUCUCUCAAAUUAGAUCAGAAAGAUACUAUGAAGCACAUCGUGGAAGGCCUUUUUACGGUUCGUGACCUCCGCGAUCAAUUAUCUAAUAUCAUGAAGAUGGGACCUCUUUCAAAAAUGGCUGGUAUGAUCCCCGGAAUGGGCUCCAUGAUGCAAGGGAUGGACGAUGAGGAUGGCGCCAUGAAGCUCAAACGUAUGAUAUACAUUUGUGAUUCGAUGACAGCCAAAGAACUCGAUUCCGAUGGAAAGAUGUUCAUUGAUCAGCCCACUAGAAUGACAAGGAUAGCUUGCGGAAGUGGUACAAGUGUGAGGGAAAUAGAGGACCUAUUAACUCAACAUAAAAUGAUGGCAGGUAUGGCAAAGAAGAUGGGUGGAAAUAUGAAGAAUAUGCAGAAAGCACAAGGGGCGAUGGGAGGCGGAAACAAACAACAACAGAUGGCUGCUAUGCAAAAGAGACUGGCCUCGAUGGGAGGUGGUCCAGGUGGUGCAGGUGGAAUGCCAGAUAUUGGUAGCAUGAUGAAGAUGCUAGGAGGCGGUGGAGCUGGAGGCAUGCCCGGCGGUAUGCCUGAUAUGUCCAGUCUUAUGAAAAUGAUGGGAGGUGGUGGCGGUAUGCCCGGUAUGCCAGCAAUGCCUGGUAUGGGAGGUACUCGUCCAGGAGGUAAAGGUAGAAGAUAA